AUGUCUUUCCUAGUCAAUCAAAAGCCUGGUGCUUGUCCGGUUCUUCCACCUGAUACCGUCGGUACAUGUGCUACAACAUGUGGUUUCGACAGCGAUUGUCCAGGAGUAAAGAAGUGUUGUUCUAAUAAUUGUGCACAUAUAUGCACCUUCCCAGGCAAUAGAAAACCUGGACGGUGUCCAGUCGUUCCACCGGAUUCCAUCGGUCCGUGUGUUGACUUACCAAUAUGUAAUGUAGAUAGUGAUUGUUACGGUGUUCAGAAGUGUUGUCCAAAUGGUUGUGGACAUGAAUGCUUUUUUCCAGUCGAUCCAAAGCCUGGUACCUGUCCUGUUCUUCCACCUGGUAGCGGCGGUACGUGUGCUGAGCACUGCAGUGUAGACAGUGAUUGUCGGGAUGUACAGAAGUGUUGUUCUAACGGUUGUGGACAUGAUUGUUUCUUCCCAGUCACUGGUAAGCCUGGUACCUGUCCAACACUUCCAUCUGAUACUGCUGGGACAUGUGUUGAUCUUUGCAGUGUGGACAGCGAUUGUUUAGGUGACCAGAAGUGUUGUUCUCAUGGUUGUGGACACAGUUGUUCCUCCCCAGUAAGUUCCUGUCCGCCUGAACCAAAAUGUCCAAUACCACCAAGAGGUCCUCCAGGAACAUGCAAACCGCCGUGCAUAUUUGAGUACAAGGUUAUCAAUGGACUUCGAUGUAGAGUAAAGUGUUUUCUUGGUCCCCCGGGGCCACGAGGACCACCUUGUCCGCCAACCGGGUGUCCCAGUGUAGGACAACCAGAGCCGGCAGCUCAACAAGGUUCCUCUGGAACACUAUUAGGAGGUAAGAUUUAUAAACCAGUAAAACAAUGUAUUCAAGGUCAAAUUACUUAA